GCCCCCUUAUGAAGUAAGCCGAAUACAUUUUAUACAGUCACUACAGAAGAAAAAAUGCAGGCUUAGCGUUACUGUGCCGUAAGGAAGCAACUCUUGGUUUUUCAGAAAGAGGUAUCUUAACAUAACAGGAGGAAUUAUUAACUAUAAACCAUGGCGACAGCUGUUGUGAUUGGUGGCGGAGCAAGUGGCUUGGCUUCUGCUUACUACAUUCAAAAGUUUCUGCCUCAGUUCACCAAGGUUAUUGUCCUAGAAGGUUCUAAUCGCCUUGGAGGUUGGGUUAACACAACACAGAACCCAGAUGGCUCAAUAUUUGAGCAUGGACCACGAAGUUUACGACCAGUCGGGGAGCAAGGCUCGAACACCUUGCAACUGGCAGAAGAGCUGGGACUGGAGAGAGACAUUCUGCCGAUCUUCCGGUCAGACGCAGCUGCUAAAAACAGAUACCUGUACGCCAAGGGAAAGUUAUGUGCACUGCCUAAUAGUCUGAUGGGUGUUGUCCGAACCAUUCCUCCUUUUUCCAAACCUUUGAUCCGCUCGUUUGCUUUGGAGCCUUUGAGAAGAAGAUCGAAAACUCCAGAUGAGACCAUCCACAGCUUUUUCAGCAGACGACUCGGGGGAGAAUUUGCAGAUAUUGCCAUAGAUGCAAUGUGUCGAGGAAUUUUUGCUGGGGACUGUCGCAAGCUAAGUAUUGAGGCCUGCUUCCCUCCCUUGCACGAGAUGGAAAAAAGCCACGGUUCUAUCGUGACAGCUGCAUUAUUUGGGUCCAAAGGAGCCAAGCCCGCCCCGAGUGGUCUGGCCAAAAAAGCCGCGGAGGAGAAGUGGGCAUCGUGGUCCCUGGCUCGAGGACUCCAGCAGCUCACGGACGCCAUGGCAGACGCUGUGAUGUCACGGCCCGGGGUGGAGGUCCGCACAGACUCCCGCUGUAUCAAACUGGAGCCCAAGGAAAAUGACAAGAUGCUGGUACAGACAAACUCAGACUCAAUAACAGCUGACCUCGUCGUUUCUGCCGUGUAUAGUAAAGAUUUGGCAUCUGUCCUCCCUAAUGCGAUGUCCGAUCUGAAAGAAGAUUUGUCCAGUCUUCCAGCUGUUAGUGUUGUCACGGUCAAUCUGGAGUACAAGGAUAACGUGUUGCCCGUCAAAGGAUUUGGUCACCUGUUGCCCUCCUCUGAGAGCGGGCCGAUCCUCGGCAUUGUCUACGACUCGUGCACCUUCCCAGAACACAACAGGAGAGGUGCUCCCGACAGCACACGGAUCACUGUGAUGCUCGGAGGUUCCUGGUUCAACCGCCUGCUGGGUCGUGACGGAGAGCUGCCCUCGGGACAGGAACUGGUCUGGCUGGCGACGGAGGCGGCCGCAAAGCACCUAGACAUCAAGGCACAUCCCAUACGCUCACAGGCCAUGCUGCAGAAGGAAUGUAUUCCCCAGUACCGAGUGGGCCACGCCAGCUGGUUGCGUGGCGUAGAGGAGAAAAUCAGUUCAGCGCGGCUGCCGUUGAAGUUGGUGGGAUCGUCGUACCGCGGGCCUGCCAUCAACGACUGCAUCAACAACGCCAGGAAAGCUGUGCUGUCCUUGAAGCAGUCGUAGCAUGAUGGUGUGAUGAUGUCAUCAGCCUACAUACAUACAUACAUAAUUACAUACGUAUGUACAUACAUACGUACAUACGUAUAUACAUGAUAUGCACAUACAUACCUAGGUACAUACAUACUUACACACACACACACACACACACACACAGACAUACAGACAUACAUACAUACAUAUUUAAACAUACAACAAAUAAAUGCACAAAUUUUCCCCAAUGCAGACAAUUCUCCAGUCAUGUAGGUAAAACACUGUAUGAAAACAUGUGGCUAGUCCUUAAUUUCCAGUAUGCUGAGCCCCCCCUAGCAUGUCGGAAGUUCACCUCGUGAUAUAUAUAUAAUAUCAUAUUACAUGCCAGACCUACAAAAAUGGGCCAGUUUUGGGGUCAUAGUUUACACACACCACCCCUCCCCCACUCUUUGUCCAAGCCUAAUCCCUGACCAGUGCCCUAUAUCAGCCCUGCCUUUGUGGUAUGGCUCUGCUCCUGGUAAGUUUUAUUAAUAGUAAUUACAAUAAUAAUGGUAAUAAAUAGCAUUUAUAUAAUAAUAAUAGAUAGCAUUUG